AUGAGGACUCUGGCAUCACUGCUGCUGCUGGUUUUGGCUAUUACAUUUGCCACUGCAAGGCAAAGAAGCCAGUUCACACGCUACCGCUCAUGGAACUCACGGAUGUAUCCCGUGUGGAAAGAUGGAGACCAAAGAUUCAGAAACUGUUGGUCUGGCGGUGAAGUAACCUUUGAUCUUAAGAAUGAUGCACCCACGCUGACUGGAGCAAGAGCGACCUUCAAUAUUAAUCUCAACUUCCCACCAAACCAGACUGUGCUCUCUGAUGGUCAGGUGGUCUGGGCGCGUAACUGCACCAUCAAUGGACAACAGUAUGUGGAGGGUCAGGCUGUGUAUCCAGAUCGAGACACUCAGUCAACCGGAGUUUUCCCUGACGGCACACCGUUCACCAGGAGCCAGAACAAGAAACCUCACUAUGUGUUUGUGUGGAAGACAUGGGGGCGUUACUGGCAGGUGGCAGAUGGACCAUCCUCCUCGCUCACCAUUGGUACAGACAACAUCCCACUGGGCUCCUACAACAUGGAGGUUGUCAUCUAUCACUGCCGUGGCAAAGACAAGUUCAUCCCCCUGGGCUAUGCCUCCACAGUCUUCACCAUCACAGACCAAGUCCCCUUCACCGUAUCACUCGCCCAAGUCAAUGACAUAAACCAGGAUGACACAAACUUCAUCCAGAACCGAGCCAUCGCUUUUAGCGUCAACCUCCAUGAUCCCAGCCAGUACCUCGGUGCAGCUGAUAUCAGCUUCAGCUGGGACUUUGGUGACAGCACAGGAACUCUGAUCUCCAGGGAACGCACUGUGACCCACACAUACCUCGCUGUUGGGACCUUCAAACCUCAGGUGGUAUUGAUGGCGAGUAUCCCCAAUGGCUGUGGAAACCCUACUGCUGUGGCUCCUGUUGACGCUUCUGCUGCCCCAGUUGUAAUCAUUAUGGCCACCACCCCUGGAGCUGUCCCAGCUGACGAUGGAGAAGUGGUUGUUGAUACAGACACAGAGGUGGUGGAGAUUGCCUCAGUAGCACCUGCAGGAGUUGAUGCAGCUGUUGUUCCAGCAGAACAAGAUCCUGCCAAUACUGUCGCUCCUGCCGUGGAGACAGAUACAGAUGCUGCUGCAGGAGAAGUGGCCACUGCUGCCCCUGUCGCACCUGCAACUGAAGAGCCGGCAGAUGCUGACACAGCUGCUGCAGAUGAAACUGCAGUGGUUACAGAUGCAGCUGAAGAAAAUGUAGCUGUGAUUGACGCUGCUGCUGCUUCAGUUGCCCCUGUUGCUGAGGGAGAAGAAGCUGCAGUUGACGGAGGAGCCACUGCCCUUCCAGAAGUUGCUGACACUGUUGCUCCUGUGGCAGAAGUAGCUGAGGAUCAAGAAACCGAAGUUGUGGCUGCUGAUGCUGCUGCUGAUGUUGCUGCAGAGGUUGUCCAAGCUGCAACAGAAGCCCCUGCUGAUAACGCUGUAGCUCCUGCUGCCACUGAGAGCACAACUGUAGAAGAGGCAGCACCAGCCGAAGCUGCAGUUGCUACUGAGGCCGAAACACUAGAAACAGAGAAUGAGGUUGCAGCUACUGAAGCUCCUGCAGCAGGUGAUGUGACGGUUCCAGCUGAAGGUGAAGUUCAAGCAGAGGUGGAAACAGAUCCAGCGCAGAUUGCCCUCGUUGUGGCUAAAAGACAAGCACCGGAGCUGACAGCUGACUGCAUGGUCUACCGUUACGGUUCCCUUGCCACCUCCGUAGAUGUUGUCCAGGGUAUUGAAAGUGUAGAGAUUGUGCAGGUGUCCAAUGUUGUGUCAAUGGCGACAGCGCUGGAUCAGAAUGCUGUGGAUGUCACCAUUACCUGUCAAGGAAGUCUGCCAAGUGAGGUCUGCACAGUCAUUUCGGAUGCUGACUGCAUCACUCCAGUGGAAACGGUCUGUAAUGCAGCUUCACCAUCUCCAGACUGUCAAAUCGUCCUCCGUCAGUUCUUCAAUGACUCCGGAGUGUUUUGUUUGAAUGUCUCUUUGACCAACGAUGUCAGUCUUGCUGUGACAAGUGCUAGAGUCAGUGUAGCAGUAGCCUCUGGAGGUUCCCCAGCUGGAACUGCUGCUACAGUGCUGGGCGUUAUGGUUCUUGCCUGCGUUGUCUGUUGUAUCGGUUUGAUGUACAGGCGGUUCAAGCAGUACCAGCCACUGAGAGAAGACCAUGACGGUAAUGGAGGCAGCUCGGUAGUAACAUCAGUGCCUUUGUUGUUGUGGAACUUGCUAAGCCGACAGUCACCAGGAGAAAGCCGUCCACUUCUUCAGGGGAGGAUUGUGUGA